AUGGAGAAACUCAGAGAAACCGUUGCUAGCAUAGAUGCUAUAGAUGAAAAUGGUUGCACGGCAUUACACAGAGCUGUUGAAUCCAACAAUGUUAGUAUAGUUCAGGAACUCAUUGAGAAUGGGGCUACAGUAGAUGUUCAUGACAAUCAGCAAAAAACUCCUUUGCACCUUGCAACAAUUAAGGGAUAUAUUCCGAUAAUGAAAACUCUUAUUCAAGCAAAUGCAGAUAUAUAUAACAUUGAUACUUGUGGCAAUAUGGGUGUUUAUGAUGCAGCAGUGGGUGGGAAAUGUGAUGUCAUCACAGUUCUGGUAGAGUCAGGGUUUGAUGUAAACUGCAAAAAUCAAAAAAGAAAUACAAUGCUUCAUUUAGCAGCUUCUGAAGGUCACAGAGAAUUAGUGCAACUCUUGAUCAGUAAAGGGGCAAAUGUCAAUGACAAAAACAACAAUGGUCUCACACCAUUACAUGCAGCUGUUCAAUUUAACAAUGAUAGUGUAGUUCAGGAACUCAUUGAGAGUGGGGCUAGAGUAGAUGUUCAUGACAAUGAACAAUGCACCCCUUUGUAUCUUGCAAUAUAUAGUGGAUAUUUUAAGAUAAUUAAAACUCUUGUCCAAGCAAAAGCUGAUAUAUACUACGAAAAUGAAACUUAUAAAGAUAUGGGUGAUCAUAAUGCAGCAUUGGGUGGGAAAUGUGAUGUCAUUAAUGUUCUGUUAGAGUCGGGGUUUGAUGUAAACUGCAAAACUAAAGAAGGAAAUACAAUGCUUCAUUUAGCAACUUGGAAAGGUCACAGAGAAUUAGUGCAACUCUUGAUUAGUAAAGGGGCAAAUGUCAAUGACAAAAAUAACAUUGGUUGGACAGCAUUACAUGCAGCCGUUGCAUUUAACAAUAUUAGUUUAGUUCAAGAACUCAUUGAGAAUGGGGCUACAGUAGAUGUUCAUAACAAUAGUCAAUACACUCCUUUGCAUCUUGCAACAUAUUGGGGAUAUAUUCCAAUAAUGAAAAUUCUUAUUCAAGAAAAUGCUGAUUUACACAAUAUCAGUACUUAUGGCUGUAUGGGUGCUCAUGAUGUAGCAUUUGAUGGGAAAUGUGAUAUCAUCCGAGUGCUGUUAGAGUUGGGGUUUGAUGUAAACUGUAAAUCUAAAAAUGGAAAUACAUUGCUUAAUAUAGCAGCUUCAGAAGGUCACAAAGAAUUAGUGCAACUCUUGAUCAGUAAAGGGGCAAAUGUCAAUGACAAAGGCUACAUGGGUUGCACACCAUUACAUGCAGCUGUUCAAUCAAACAAUGUUAGUGUAGUUCAGGAACUCAUUGAGAGAGGGGCUACAGCAGAGGUUCAUGACAAUCAACAAUGCACUCCUUUGCGUCUUGCAACAAUUAGGGGAUAUAUUUCGAUAAUGAAAACUCUUAUUCAAGCAAAAGCUGAUAUAUACUACGAAAAUGAAACUUAUAAAGAUAUGGGUGAUCAUAAUGCAGCAUUGGGUGGGAAAUGUGAUGUCCAUUAA